UUACGCAAAAGUGUUUAGUAAACGAGUGAUGGUAUGAUUUAAAAACAAUUCUAUACAUUAAAUACAAGUGACCAAAGUGUUUUCUAGUGCCCGUUGUAACUUUAUAAUAAUUAUAAAUUGAGGUUAAAGUGUGUUUUUAUUUGUCUUUUACUACCAUGUUGGCGUUGUCAGGUGUUCGGCGGUGUGCCGCGGCGAUUGUUCUCGUUGUGGUUGUAAUGGCUUCGGAAUUUAAAGCUCAAGCCAUGGACAUCCCAAGGUUGCAGAUUUUGCCCUCCCAAUCAGUACAGACGAAACCUGUUGGCAAGUCGCUGCUUUUGACCUGCAGGCCAGAUGUUGCAGACACAAAUUUAAUAACUGACCUUCAAUGGAAAGAUCAGAACAAUAGGACUAUUUUACCUUCAGCGUUCUACAAUCAAUUUUUCGACGCAUUCAACUAUAGUGGCGGCGGUGGUCAGCGUCCGCCAAUGUAUACGGAGAUGUUACCAGGAGAGAUGUCUUUGGCACUUUAUAUACCAACUUUGACUGAAGACAUGGCUGGAGAUUAUUAUUGCACCGCCAGUUAUGCGAAUACUGAACGAUUGGAGGUUAAAGUCAGGAUUGAUACCAUAGUGGCUAUAACUUGGAUAGAUGCUCCAGAAAACCAAUAUCCAAUAGAAGGCACUGACUACAAAAUUAGGUGCGAAGUCACUGCAAGUCCUUCACCAACAGUAGACUGGCUACGAGAUGGUGAACAAGUUUUGACAUCAGGCAGAAGAGUUGUAGAGACUCGUGGUCUCCUAAUCCGAGACGUCAGGGAAGAAGACGAUGGUUUAUAUACGUGCAGAGCAGCAGUUAUAUCAACUGGUGAACUUGCUGAACGAAAUAUUAGGGUAGAAGUGCAUAAACCACCAGUUAUUGAACCUAUGGAUACUACUUUGGAGGUGGUUGAAGGUGAAAGUGCCAGUAUCCAGUGCAGGGCUACUGGUAAACCGAGACCGACUUUCGAAUGGAUUAAACAGGAGACGCAACAGGAUUUGUCGACUGCUGAUCGAUUUGCUGUCGACCAACAUACAGGUGUUUUAAGGCUGAACCGUGUAGAACAGUCUGAUCGUGGUCUGUAUGCUUGUUUUGCCCGUAAUGCAGCAGGUGUUUCCCCACCUUCCAACGUCAACGUUGAAGUAGUCGUCAAACCAAAAGUGCACACUUUAGUAAACGUGACAGCAACUUUCGAAAAAACCACAAAAUUAGUCUGUAUUGCCUCUGGACGACCAGCACCUGCUGUCACUUUCAAGAGAUGGGGUGCUGAUGUUGAAAUGCUGCCUGGACCACAACCAGGAGACGACAGGGUCGUAUUGGAACAAGAGGUGAAUUCUGAACUUGGUGAAACCACAGGAACACUAACAAUCACCAACGUGGUCAGAUCCGAUGACGGUUUAUACGAGUGCAUAGCCCGAAACAAAGGUGAUACCUACUACAAAACUGGUCACAUAACCGUGGAAUUUCCACCAACGUUCGAGGCCUCCAAAAAUCAACCACCAGUGUUUUCAUGGGAACAACGCACCGCCAAUUUGUCGUGCCUUGCUGAAAGUAUACCAAAUGCAACCAUCGAAUGGAGACUGAACGAUAGACCUAUUAUUGAAGACAGGUUCUACAGGAUUGAAGGCUCAGGUCCACAAAGCAACCUGAUUGUUAAACCUUUAGACAGGAGGAUGUACACCAAAUAUAAGUGUGUUGCCACUAAUCGAUUGGGUAAAGCUGAACACUUGGUAGAUUUAAGAGAAGCUCAUCCGCCACAAGCGAUUUCUCAAGCUAAAAUUAAUACAAUAACUGCCACGAGCGUGUCCUUCGACAUUAUGGGUCCUGGUGACAAUGAUGGUAUGCCGAUUUUGGGAUAUGUUUGCCAAUACAAACCAGAAAGAGAGUUAGAUUGGAGAGGUGCAAGGAAUGCUACAUGGAGUGCUGAAUCUAGUUAUACGAUAGACGGUUUGGUGCCGGAGACUAUUUACCAUUUUAGAUUUGCUGCCACAAAUGCUGUUGGCCCUGGACCUUAUAGCAAUAAUAUUGCACAGGCUACGCCUAGGAGAUCGCCGCCAGAAGAACCAAAACUUUUAGUUGGUGUUUCAAACGAAGUCGAUGGAGGAAUUGUAACAUCGCCAUACGCCGAUCAUUAUGAAUUAAGGUGGAAGAUACCUGCAGACAACGGCGAACCUAUCGACUACUACCAAUUGAGAUACUGCCCAGUUCAGAGACAAAACGGAGCCUGGACCGAGCUAGACUCCUUGUGCAACGCCAGAGAACUUCGAGCCUUCGAGACAACGGCCCACGAACUCAACGACCUUUUGGCAGAUUCUCACUACAAGGUGGAAUUAAGGGCUCACAACGCCCUUGGAGAUUCACCACCGGCUCAAAUUCUGCUGAAGACUGCUCGAGGGAUGGACUCGGUAGUGCGUUCCGAGGGCCCCUCGUUGAGCAGUUCGGCGAUCGUCGGAAUCGCCGUCGGAGCAGUCGUGCUUCUUUUGCUCUUGGUUGACCUCAGUUGCUACUGCGUUGCCAGGGCCGGACUUUUGGCGGCCGCCUGCCACGCCAGAACAAAACCGACGGACGACGAGGAGGCGGCCAAAUUGGGAAGGUGAGUAGG